UUGACAGGUCGCGUGUUCAAUGGUUCAGGAAAACCUAUUGACAGGGGCCCAACAGUUCUGGCUGAAGAUUAUUUGGACAUUAUGGGCCAGCCCAUUAACCCCCAGUGCCGUAUCUACCCAGAAGAGAUGAUCCAGACAGUAUUUUUUUGGUCUAUUCCCAUCUUUUCUGCAGCCGGAUUGCCACACAAUGAGAUUGCUGCACAGAUCUGUCGCCAAGCUGGUCUGGUUAAGAAGUCCAAAGAUGUGAUGGAUUACAGUGAAGACAACUUUGCCAUUGUGUUUGCUGCUAUGGGUGUAAAUAUGGAAACUGCAAGAUUCUUCAAGUCCGACUUUGAAGAAAAUGGUUCAAUGGACAAUGUAUGUCUUUUCCUGAACUUGGCUAAUGAUCCAACAAUUGAGCGCAUCAUCACUCCUCGCCUGGCUCUCACCACAGCAGAGUAUCUGGCGUAUCAGUGUGAGAAGCAUGUUCUGGUUAUUCUGACUGACAUGAGCUCGUAUGCAGAAGCUUUGAGAGAGGUUUCUGCUGCCAGAGAAGAGGUGCCAGGACGCCGGGGCUUCCCUGGUUACAUGUACACUGAUUUGGCCACCAUUUACGAGAGAGCUGGCCGAGUUGAGGGCAGGAAUGGGUCUAUUACACAGAUUCCUAUUCUAACCAUGCCCAACGAUGAUAUUACUCACCCCAUCCCUGAUCUGACUGGGUACAUCACUGAAGGUCAGAUUUAUGUAGACAGGCAACUGCACAACAGACAGAUCUACCCCCCGAUCAACGUGUUGCCCUCUCUGUCUCGCUUGAUGAAGUCUGCCAUUGGGGAGGGAAUGACCAGGAAAGAUCAUGCCGAUGUGUCCAAUCAGCUGUAUGCUUGUUACGCCAUUGGUAAAGAUGUCCAGGCAAUGAAAGCAGUGGUGGGUGAGGAGGCUCUGACUCCAGAGGACUUGCUUUAUCUGGAGUUCCUGCAUAAGUUUGAAAAGAACUUCAUUGCUCAAGGUCCCUACGAGAACCGCACAGUAUAUGAAACCCUGGACAUCGGUUGGCAGCUUAUGCGUAUCUUCCCCAAGGAGAUGCUGAAACGAAUCCCACAAAGCACCCUGGCCGAAUUCUACCCCCGAGACUCCAAGCAUUAGCUUGAGCCUCGAGCUCUCUGUUCCUCCAUGCUAUCUUAUCAAAAGAGCUUUCUUUUUCACCCUUGUUGUUGUAUCUUGUUAAUUCCUUGUGAAGCAAAAUGAACAUAUUGUGAAUAGUGUUUUCAGCUGAAGUUUACCUAACAGAGUUUAAAAUACCUAUAAAUGCUACGUGGAGACUGUUAAAACAUGGAUUGGUUUACCAAAGUGACCUCGGUACCCAAACACUCACGUGCAAAAAUAGAGAGACAAGGAAAAUCAAUGGAUUUUUUAAACCACUAACUCAGAAUUAACACAGACACCUCUGAAUGAAUCAGUAAACCUAUUAAUGUCAUGCUCUAUGAUUUUUUUUAUCCACUGGAAUUCAUUUUACUCAAAAACUGAGCAGUUCUGUCCACUAACACAUUCAAGUAUGGAUGUAUUCAAUCUAGGGUGACUCUUACCACCCUAUUUGUCUUAACAUAUUUAAACUGGGUAUUUCAAUUUUUUUAAAAUCUGAAGUUAAAGGAUUUUGUUGCCUGUUCGUUUUUAUGCAUUUAAAAAAAAUAAUAAUAAUUUUGGCCAUGUAGUGUUACAAAAAAUCUACAGCAAAAUCUCGGAUGUAGCAACUAAAGCUGAUUUCCUUAUAGUUAAAAAUGACAGGCUGGCAUUUAAUCCCUACAUGGCGACACACCCUGUGGCUGUACUAGUGUAGAGUGCUACAUCUACGGGACAUACAGUGAUGCAAUAGAACAAAUGACCUUAGGGAGGCACUGUUGAGGCAUCUUGGUGUAUAGUACAAGCUUAAUUAACUGUGAGCUGCUGUAAACUGAGUCCUCAGCUCAUUCAUUCAGUAUUGUGUCACUGGGGUGUUAACACUUAGAGGGCCUGGCUUUCCACUGUGGGGAAAUUGCCCAUGCAAUACAUUUACUAUGGAGGGAACGAUUUACCUGCGAUUUGCCCACAAGUGUACAAUAUAGUUCAUUCCUAAUUAACGACGUGAUGGUACCUAUAUUCAGCGCCUUGUUGUGGCUAACACAUCCACAGUAAGCGGCUUGAUUCCAGUCUGUCGUGAAAAUGUAAAAUGUAAAUGCUUUCUAUGCAAGAAAUAACGUUCAUGGAGCGAUGUGGAUUGAGGCAUUACUCAGGACAGGCAUAUUGAAUGUUUAAUAUAGAUUAACAAUUUUAUUUUAUCCACACUAAAAUGUUACAUGCUCAGUUCAUAGCUGUUCUAAUGCAAAUACAUUAAAUAAAGUGUACAUUGUCGGAAAAAUGGAAAACUGACGGUGUUCCCCAUAUGCUAGAGAUGUUGCGAAGGGAAAAGAAAAAAAGUUACAUUUUUAAAGUGUAUAUUCUUUUAUAGUUUAAAUAUAUAUGCAGAUACAGCCAAAGGUAACGAUUAAAGUUGGUAUUCUUUUGAAGGAAGUGAUAUUUUAAACUCUGUUAAUGUAAAAAAAAAAAAAAAAUUAAAUAUUUUUAUUGUAUUUGUUUACAGUUCACUGCGUUGCCUGAAUCUUACACCCAGAUAACAAUAUUCCUGUAUCACAUGUCAAUGCAGAUUUGGCUUUUUUUUUUUUUUUUUUCUUAUAAAUGUGCUGUGUAUUUAUUGCAAAGUUGCUAUAUGUCGGUCUAUGGAUGUUGUGUACUUCCUGCAGAUGCUGUAGCUUCUGUUCCAUUCAGUAACCAAGCAUUCCAUUUCAUGCCAGAAAAAAAAUAUAUAUAUAUAUAUAUAUAUAUAUAUAUAUAUAUAUAUAUAUAUAUAUAUAUAUAUAUAUAUAUAAUGUACAGUUUUGUUGGUGUAAUGCAUGAAGCACAGUCUGUUUUUAGACAAGUGUCAUCCAUGUCCAUAUAUAAGUGAUUGAAUAAAUGUGAAUAUAAUGUUAAA